UCAUGCGGGUGCUUGUGAUAACUGAUAUGUGAAUAUUUACAAAUAUCCGACACUUUGUGCGCGAUUUCGGGCGACAGCUUAAGACUAAAUUGGGUUGCAAGAUGAGCUAACGGGGCGCGUGAGGUUUGCUCGUAACGGCGGCCGGUCGUUACAAUUAUGUUAUUCCACGGUACUAAUUGAUGUGAUAAGGUGUUGCUAUUUGUGUACACAUAACCUAUAAACAUUCGCCUAUCUCACCAAAUUGGUGGAAUUGGAUAUUGUUUCACGCCUUAUCUGCAAUAUGGCAGCUCCACUUCGUUGACAUCUCAAUGACCAAAUCUAGGUCAUUUUCUUUCGGGGACCCUACAAUUAUUAUAAGUAGUUGGUGUGCAUUCGGCUUGAACCUACGCCUGCAGGGGUGAGUAAACGUUAGUGGCCGAGACAGUGGACAUUUUCGGUAUAACCUACAAACAGUGAUUGCAAUUGUAAGGAACUUUAUUAGAAAUGGUGUGAGGGCGGUGUUGGACGUUUUUACCAUCAUGGUGUAGAGAGGCCAUGACAUCUCGCCAGCCCUCUGCAAUCACCGAUAGUCAGGGGGCCCAAUCCCCACAUCUUGGUGCACAGACUGCAGCAGGGGCGGGCGGUCUAGAGGGUCCCCCAGGGGGUCAAGGUGUCCGCCUUAAGCACAAACCACGUAAAUUUGCCGCCUCGGGCAGCCUCAGUGAUAGCUCCUCCAGUGUUAAACGACAGGAAUCGUCUCCGACUUUGACGCUGAUAUCGUCAAAGGGCUCUGCUGAUUCAAAUUACUCACAGCCCUCUUCGGAUCUGUCGCUGGACGAGGAAAAGGAAAAUCUUCGUCGGGAAAAGGAACGUCAGGCUCUAAGCCAGCUGGAAAAAGCACGAACAAAACCUGUAGCAUUCGCUGUUCGCACCAAUGUUGCCUAUGACGGGUCAUUAGAUGACGACUCACCGGUACACGGAUACGCAAUUUCUUUCGACAUUAGGGAUUUUUUGCACAUAAAGGAAAAAUACGAUAACAACUGGUGGAUAGGGAGACUGGUCAAGGAGGGAUGCGAUGUCGGAUUUAUUCCCUCUCCCGUUAAAUUGGAGAACUUAAGGAUACAAGCAUCACAAACACGAAGUACUAAACUCUACUCCAGUAAGACUAGUUCCAGCUCCAAUAUAGGUGCCACUGGUAACGAUGUUUCCAGAGGUAGCACCCCUCCUACGCCUGGGGAUGAGUCUGAUUCGAUUGGAAACGCAAGAACAGGCAAAUCGCUUACGACACCUCCAGCCAAAGAUAAAAAGAAGCCGUUCUUCAAAAAGCAAGAAGCAACUGCUCCUUAUGAUGUAGUACCCUCUAUGAGGCCUGUUGUAUUAGUUGGUCCUUCGUUGAAAGGAUACGAAGUAACGGAUAUGAUGCAAAAAGCGUUAUUUGAUUUUUUAAAGCAUCGAUUUGAAGGAAAAAUAAUUAUAACGAGAGUUAUGGCUGAUAUAUCAUUAGCAAAACGUUCACUUUUAAACAAUCCAUCAAAAAGAGCAAUAAUGGAAAGAUCCAAUACUCGCUCUACAUGUUUGGCAGAGGUUCAAGCGGAAAUCGAGAGAAUAUUCGAACUCGCCAGAACCUUACAGCUCGUAGUCUUAGAUUGUGACACAAUCAACCAUCCUUCGCAACUUGCCAAAACGUCUCUAGCGCCAAUUGUAGUUUAUCUUAAAAUAACUAGUCCGAAAGUCUUGCAAAGAUUAAUAAAGUCGAGAGGAAAAAGUCAAGUUCGGCAUAUUAAUGUUCAAAUGGUCGCCGCCGAUAAAUUGGCACAGUGUCCGCCGGAAAUGUUCGACGUAAUUUUGGACGAGAACCAAUUGGAGGAUGCUUGCGAACACAUAGCUGAAUAUUUAGAGGCUUACUGGAGAGCAACGCAUCCCGAGGUAGUUCCAAAUGUUACGAGACAAAUUGGGAGUUCGCCCCAGGCUUCACCAAGCGGAGAACCCAUACACGCUACGUUACCUGCCCAUCAUGAUGUUUACGGAUAUUCACAUGACUCUAGAGGUGGAUCAGUGUUUCAUACUGCACACAGUCGUGGUCGUUCACGUUUAGAGCGUGAUCGUGAAUAUGAAGAUUAUUUAGAAAGAGACCCGCAGAGUCAUACUUCAUCGGUGCCUUCUCAUUUAGCAGGGGGUCAAGAUUAUCGUGAGCAUAAUUUAGAUAGAAAUUUACCUCCUCGUGAUCAUCGAGGUGUUAGAGAAGACGAUUUUCCUCCUCAUAGAACAUCAUCAAGAAGAGCCGUUAAUGUUAUCUAGUGGAGGCUUUCUACGGAACAGCCCAUUGAAGAAGAGAUUCAUGAUGACCUCAGUCCUAGAGAAGACGUUUGCUAUAAACCUCAGAUACCUGAAAAUUUUAGAGAUGAUAGGUUCUUGGACGAUCGUCGGCGAGAGCGGGAGCCUAGAAUGGCGGAGAGCAGAAGCCGGUUAGACGAGCAGCUGGACGAAAGACGAUUGGAUGAUCGAAGAAGAGACGAACGUCGGUAUUUUAGAGAACAUAGGUUAGAGAGUCAAACGUAUCGUAACGAAGGCAGAAAUUACCGCCAAGAAUUACUUGACAGGUUUUCAGAUAUGGACUUUGAGGACCAUCAUGAUUAUCGUGAUCGUCAAAGGUAUUUUGAAUAGUUUUAUAUUUACCAAUAUGGAAGUGAGUACAAAUGUAACUUACUUAUGCUUAAGCAAUUAUACCUGCGCCUUUGAUGAUUUCCUGCAAUGAGGUGUUCCGUAUUUGUGAGGAAAAUAUAAACACUUAUGAACUUCUUAAAUUUUGACCAGUUUGGUGCCACAUUUGAGUAUUUAUGCUCAAUUUUUAAUCACUAAAUAAACUAAGUUUGUAUAGUUAUCCAAGCUUUAACGUAGUACUUAUAGAAUUUUUAACUCAUUUGUAAGGAAUGAUAUUGUUGAAAGCUGUAUAAAUUUACGUAUUUUGUAUAUUGUAUGAUAGCCUUCUAAAAGAACUGAAAUUACACUUCGCAAAUACAGUGUUUGAUUUAAUCACAAAUGGUUGUAAGCUGAACUUAAGUGUAGGAUCCUGAUUUCGAAUUAAUUUCGUUUAAAAGAUCUAGGGCAAUGCGUUGUUAUUAUAAAUAUUCUUAUACUAUUAAUAUGAGGAUUGCUUCAGCUUACAUACUAUUUAUAACUAUUAAUUUUUGUAGUUUUAAACUACCUACGUGAUACUGUUGCAUAUUCAAAUUUAUUGUCAUGCAAUGACUGAACUUAGAUAAAUUAUAAACUAUUACAAGUUUGCACCGCUCCGCUAGGUAUGUUUUAUGUAAAAAAAAUGUAUAAAUUUACCUGCAUGAAAAAGAGUAAAAGCUUACCCUACAUCAAUAUUUUAUCAAAAUCCAUUGUUAGACAACUCACAAUUUUUAUUAGCUACUAAUACUCAAAUUACACAAUUAAUAUAUGGAGGACAAUCAAUUAUUGAGUCAUAGCUAAUAGUUUUGUGUUUAAUCAAGUGCAACUAUUCUAACUUAACACAUGAGAACUUUCGGUUUCAUUUAGCUGAACAUUUUGAUUUCUCCUAAAUCCAGGUCUUAUUUUUGCUUGUUUCAUUCCGCUCCUGAAUCUAGAAAAUGCUGCGUACGCAUCCUGUAUAUUAGUUAAUUGCAUAAGAAGGAUCUUUGAUAAUGUGUUCAUUAGUAUUUUAUCUAACUUAAAGUUACAGGAGUAGAUAAUAAAAAUUGUGUACCAUAGAUAUUGAAUACAAAUUUUAAAACAAUAAUAACGAUAUACUUAACGCAUGUACCACUACAGGUAACAAUGCUGACCAAUUCGCUAACUUUUUUUCUGUAAUGUCUGGCAGUAAUCGCUGUACACAACAUUGAUUUUCUGUAAGUAAAGUUGUAUUAAAACGUUAAAACAGA